AUGUUGGCCAAGCAAGCUCUUUUUAUCUCUGCACUUCUGCCAUUGAUUCAAGCUCAAGAGUCUACGUCAGAAACUGUUUUGGGUGUUUAUAUCUUCCAUCGUCAUGGAGAUCGUACUACAAAAUCCUAUGCUCCCACAUCUUUGACAGAUCUUGGGUACGCUCAAGUUUAUGCUUCUGGAAACUUUUAUCGAAACAGAUACAUCGAUUCCAAUGCCUCCUCUCCUCUUUACAAGAUCAGUUCAGACAUAGCUAAGGUCUCUCAAUUAAAUGUUCAAGCACCAGUCGAUAAUGUCCUUCAGAAUUCUGCAGCCGGAUUUCUCCAAGGUUUAUACCCACCUGUUGGCGCAACAUUGGGAAGUCAAACACUUGCCAAUGGCACAAGUGUUGAAGCACCUUUGGGUGGUUUCCAACUUAUUCCUGUCAAUGCUGUUGCAACAGCAUCUAGCAGUGCCAAUUCUGAGAGUUCUUCCUGGCUGCAAGGCUCUAGUGGUUGUGGAAAUGCUGUCACGAGCUCCAAUAACUACUUCUAUUCGGAAGAAUAUGCGAGUCUACUCAAUUCAACCAAGAGCUUCUACCAGAGCCUUCUCCCUGUGAUUAACACCACUUUCAAUUCCAGCACGAAUACUUUCAAGAAUGCAUAUACAAUUUAUGACUACAUUCACGUCUCUAUCAUUCACAACUCGUCUAUUCCUUCCGAUGACCUUCUCACAGAUGAGACUCAAUCUCAAUUGCUAGCUCUAGCCAACACUCACGAGUUCAAUCUCGCAUACAAUGCUUCAGAUACCAUUCGUGCAAUUGCAGGAUCUACAUUGGCGGCACAGAUUCUCCAACAACUCAACACCACCAUCACCGGCAAAUCCGCCGUCCCAGUCUCCAUCCAAUUCGGCGCCUACGCCUCCUUCCUCUCCUUCUUCGGGCUCUCCGGCCUCUCCAGUCUCUCCCCAAACUUCACCGGCAUCGUCGACUACGCCUCCUCCAUGACCUUCGAACUCCUCACCAACGCCACCGUCUCCACAACCUCCUACCCCUCCCCCUCCGACAUCUCCGUCCGCUUCUCCUUCUCCAACGGCUCCGCCUCCGAAAAUCCCCUCGUCGCCUACCCGCUCUUCAACCAAUCAGAACUCACUCUCCCCUACACCACCUUCGUCGCCCAGAUGAACAAAUUCGCCAUCGGUGAUCAAGAUGCCUGGUGUACCGCCUGCGGAGAAUCAACAGGAGCUUGCGCGUCUUCCACCGCGUCAUCCUCCUCCUCCUCCUCGGGCUCCUCCUCCUCGGGAAAUCCCGAGGGAAAUAGAGGUAUCUCGAAAGCGGUUGCGGGGGUGAUUGGCGCAAUGGUUACCUUAGCGGUGGUUCUGGGUAUCGAGGCAUUGGUUUUGAUGCUUGCGGGUUUGAGAGUCGUGAGUAGAAAGAGAUUGGGCGCGGGAAAUGCAGGGACGGCGGCGGUGGUUGCUGAGCAGGGUGGGAAGUAA